UGACUUAGUAUACAUUUUGAACUCAACUACACUAGAGAGCCAUACUAUAUAAUAAUCUAAUACUGCAUCAUACUAAAAAUUAUUAUUUUUGUUAUUUUAACUUGUAGCAAGGUAGGUAGCAUCUAAAUGGACUUUGAAAGCAUCUAAAUUCUAAAAUCUCUCUCACUUUCCCAUCUUUUAUAUCUGAAUCUAGCUUUUGAAAGAACUUACAAAUUGUAGUGUUAUUGUUGGCUGAUUGCAGAGAAAUGGAAAAUAUUAAAGAUCCAUCAAUCUACCGCAAUCCUGUCAUAUUGCAGAGUGAAGACUUAACAAAUUAUAUAUUGGAGACUGCUGUUUACCCUAGAGAGGCAGAGCCUCUCAAAGAGCUGAGGAAAGCAACUGAGAAUCAUCCUUGGGGUUUCAUAGCUGCUUUACCUGAGGCUGGUCAACUAAUCAGUAUACUUUUGAAGCUGUUGAAUCCCAAAAAGACAAUUGAAAUUGGAGUUUUUACUGGAUACUCUCUUCUCCUCACUGCACUCAACAUUCCUGAUGAUGGAAAGAUCACAGCUAUAGAUAUUGAUAGGAAAACUUAUGAAAUUGGAUUACCAGUCAUAAAAAAGGCUGGAGUGGAGCACAAGAUUGAUUUCAUUGAGUCUCCAGCUCUGCCAAUUUUGGAUAAACUAUUAGAAGAUCCAUCAAAUGAAGGAACAUUUGACUUUGCUUUCAUUGAUGCUGACAAAGAGAAUUAUGUGAACUACCAUGAUAGACUCAUAAAAUUGGUCAAGGUUGGUGGAUUACUUAUAUAUGACAACACACUAUGGGGUGGACGUGUUGUUUGGCCUGAAGACAAAAUUCCACCACAUUCCAAAUCAGGAACAACAGCAGCCAUUGAAUUCAACAAAAAAAUUAGAGAUGAUUCUCGUGUAGAAUUUUCUCUUACUUCCAUUGGGGAUGGACUCAGUAUCUGUAGGCGCGUUGUCUGAGCGAGUGGCAAGCAUUACUUGAAAACUCACACAGUAAAAGGAAGAUCUGGGUUCAAACUGAACAACUACGAAAAAUGUUCAGUCUAAUAAUUUCAGUAUUCUCGGUUGAACUAUGUCAUUUGAAAUUUCUAAAGUUAUUUGAUUAUCGAUAGAUAUUAUCUACAUGAAUAAAGUUGCAUUUUGUACUUGUUAUAAAAAUUUAGUUUUAUGUAUGUUACUUGUUUCCUGGAGAAGUUAACUUCAUUUUAGUGCUUC